UCACAACAUACAUGCUAAUGUUGGGUUUUUGAGCUAGCGCACAAUUGACACCCAUUCGAUCCUUGUCCCAGAAUGCCUUGCACGGCCCAUUGACAACGUACAAACGGCGUUGUAUAUUUCUAAUAGAGUUUCCCAUCUCCUCAAAAAUGUGGAUUUUUUUUUGUAAAAGAGCAUCUGAUUGGUCGAUUCGGUAGCCAUGUUUUUAACCUCCAGUUCCCUCUGUUGUUUUAGCUAGCUAGUUGUUUAUCCUGUUAGCCGUCGUCAUUUUUAUUGCUAUUUUUUUUUUUUUAAGUCAGUUCGCAAACCAUUUCCUCUAAUUUUCAAAGAGAUCUAACGUUAUGCCGGUGCACGCCCGUGAAAAGAAAGAAAGCAACCACGAAGAAAUGGAGGUUGAUUUUCCCGAUCAAGACGCUAGCAGCACAGACGAAGAGGACACUGUAAGCUCUUCUGUAUCCGAAGAUGGAGACAGCUCGGAUAUGGACGAUGAGGACUGUGAGAGAAGACGAAUUGAAUGCAUGGACGAGAUGACUACCCUCGAGAAGCAAUUCGGUGACUUGAAAGAACAGUUGUACAAGGAGAGGCUAAGUCAGGUGGAUAUAAAGCUGAAGGAAGUGAUAGCUGGCUGUGCCCAAGAGUAUCUGGAACCACUGGCAAACCUGCAGGAGAAUAUGCAGAUCAGGACCAAAGUCGCUGAUGACCUACCCACCAGCUCCCUGGGGAUCUACAGAGAGCUGUGUCUGGAGUCUGUGAAGAACAAGUAUGACUGUGAAAUCCAGGCUGCCUGCCAACACUGGGAGAGUGAGAAGCUGUUGCUGUUUGACACGGUGCAGAGUGAGCUAGAGGAGAAGAUCAGACGCCUGGAGGAGGACCGACACAGCAUCGACAUCACCUCAGAACUUUGGAAUGAUGGUUUACAUUCACGGAAGAACAAGAAGAAGGAUCCCUUCUGCCCUGCCAAGAAGAAGAAGCCUGUUGUCGUCUCCGGUCCAUAUAUUGUUUAUAUGCUGCAAGACCUGGAUAUACUUGAAGACUGGACAGCAAUUCGAAAGGCACCACAGGCGAUGGCGUCGUUGGGGCCAAACAGGGUCAAGGUUGACGUCCCUACCAAGGCUGACAGACACCACCAUGUGGCGAGGUCUGAGGAGGGCAGACUGUUCUAUGACAGCCAGUGGUAUUGCAGAGGACAGGCCAUAUGCAUCAACAGGAAGGACCAAUACCCCACCAGCGCCAUGAUAACCACCAUUAACCACGACGAGGUGUGGUUCAAGCGGCAGGACGGCAGCAAGUCCAAGUUGUACAUCUCUCAGCUGCAGAAAGGGAAAUACACCAUCAAACACUCCUAAUGUCCCUCACGGCUUGCCGUACUUUCUCUCCCUGGAUAACAAAUAGUGAUCUUCAGUGCCACAAGAUCCCGUCCCUUACUUUCAUUGCCGUAGGGGGAAACAACAUGUCAACGGUCUUCACCAGCUGCUGGAGAGCUGUAGGUCAGGGUGGGUAGGGGUUGUGCAAGGUUGGUGACUAACUACUGCUUUCUCUAAAUAUGUAUGUAUGUUACUAAUAUCUGAAAGGCGUCCAAGUGUCGUUCCUCCUGGAAGAGAAAGAACCAAGUGCUGCUAAGAAGGGAUGAGUUGCUGUUGAGAGUAGUGGUGGUGUUGUAGUGUGCCUUUUUGAACAAGAUGCCUACAGUCCUGAACCAACUCAGUGCAGUGAAGCCUUAAUUCCUACAGCCUGUGAGAACAGUACUAGGAUCAAGUCAAAGCAGGUCAUUAUUUUGGGAGCGGGUGAAUAAAUGGAAACCUGCAGUGUACCUUCCAGGCUAAGAAUGAACUAUUCGAAUUUCCUAAACAUUGAGAUCGCAUCUUUUACGCCGGCAGACUGGCACAGCCAGUCAUAUGUUUGCCCUCUGUACAGAACCCUUGUUGAUUAUGAUGAGGGACAGAAGAUCUCUGAGGCCUGGUUAGAGACUAGGGCUUGAGAACUCUGUUGGACACAUUGUCAGGAAAAACUCCUGGCCCUAAUUCUGUGUCAUGUCUUAACUUCACUGUGAACUCAGUAGCCAUCUGCCUCUUGUAGUGUACUUUUGGAGAAUCUCAAUUGCGUAUUCCUUGCGUCCUUUCGCCUCACCUCCCCCUCAAAACCGAUUGGAGGAGAAAGCCAGAGGUCCCUCCCCUCUGACCUUAUCCUCCAACGGGUGUUGAGGAGUCGUCGGGGAGAGGCGACACGAGGUGUACGCAAUUGAGAUUCCCCCUGCGUUUCUCUGUGUCAUCUUCCCUCCCCUGUGAAGAACUCCCUGCGUCGUUAUGUUCGAACUAUGCUCUACCUUUUCUCCUGUAGUGCGCACUUGUGCACUCCUCCCUACCCACGCCAGAGGGAUCUGAUGACAUUGAGAAGGGUCAAAGUGUCUGGUUGUCGUACAAUCCCGUCCAUGCAAUCCCAUCCACUCUUUUGCACAUAAUUGGAUAGAGGGGAAACCGUGUGUGUAUAGUAACAUACUGCUGGUUCAACCUCUAUGUGGUCAUGUGGUGCUUUGCAUUCACAGCAGCAUCACAUCUGUAUAAAAGUAUCAACUGCCAACAGUAUUGCAUUGAGAAGAUUCUCAACAUGUUAUGAAUUGUGUAGAGAUGUUACAAGCUGUAAUGUCGGGAGUAUUUGCAGUGUUGUGUUUUUAUUUUGUUGCAGCUCACGGAGAAGGUCUGUCAUAAUACGAUUAGGCCAAAUGUUACAGUGCCAUGAAUUGAAAAGUAGUAUUCCUUUUGUCCUCUUGUUUUAUUUGUCAAGUAUGGAUGGUUAUUUUGUGUAAUUUUUUUUUUUGGGGGGGGGGUUGUAGUAAGUCAUAAUGCUCAGCCGCUACACUACGUUAUCUUUUCAUAUCAUGCGGGAGGGAAAUAUGAAUACAACUCUUGUCAUAGUGCCAAUGCAUGUACAGCAAAUUAAAUGUUUAAUUUUGUAGUAAA